AGAAGAGGAAGAACAGAGUGGGCGGUGCUAGAAUAACUGUACCAGAAGUUUCUGAACCUCACGAAACUACGAGCAUGUUUAAUGUUGGACACUCGGUUAUGUUUAACUGGAUAGACUGAGUGCCUCACUAGCCACAGUUGUUAGACGGUGGGAGCUGCUACGCUGACUCCAACGGGGAGCAGGCUAAGCUGAAGCUACAGGCUGUUUACACGGGGUGGAGGCUCCUGCUAGCUAGCUGUCAGCAGGGAUGUUCGGGUGUUUGGUCGCUGGCAGGUUGGUACAGACCGACGCGGUGCAGCUCGCCCCGGAUAAGUUCGUCUUCAAUCUGCCGGACUACGAGAAUGUGAAUCACGUGGUGGUGUUCAUGCUAGGGACCGUGCCGUUCCCUGUCGGCAUGGGCGGUGCUGUGUACUUUUCUUUCCCCGACCCGGCGAGCGGCGGUCCGGUGUGGCAGCUGCUUGGGUUUAUCACCAACGAUAAGCCCAGUGCCAUCUUCAAGAUCUCUGGCCUGAAGUCCGGGGAGGGCGGGGCGCACCCCUUCGGCAUGAUGGCUUCUUCAGCGUCUCCCUCCGUGGCUCAGGUCGGCGUGUCAGUGGAGGCUCUGGAGCAGCUGGCCCAGCAGAUCCCGGUGUCCAGCGCCGCCGUGUCCACCGUGGACACCUUCCUGCAGUUCACCCAAAAGAUGCUGGACAGUCUCUACAACUUCGCCUCUUCCUUCGCUGUGUCGCAGGCACAGAUGCUGCCGAACCCCACAGAGACUUUUAUCCCUUCCAGCUGCAUCCUCAAGUGGUAUGAAAACUUUCAGAGGAGGAUGGCGCAGAAUCCGAAUUUCUGGAAAAACUGACGAGGACAUUAAAGACCAGACCUGCUGAGGACAGUUCCCACAGUGCCUACAGGCUUUGAAAACAGGACAAGUUUUCGCCCAACUCGGUGUCGACCCUCAUCUCUGUCACACUGCCUCUUCUACAGAAAAAGUCACUGUGCUGCUCACAGUGACUCCAUCCUAUAUUUAACCUGUCUGAACAUUAAAACAAAAUUGAAUUAAAAAACAAACACUUUUGGUGCUCACAUUUAGAAAGGAUGAUUUUCAGCCACGGGUCACAGUUCUCCCCAGAUGACAGUAUUAGAUUAAAUCCAUUUAAAUGGAUUUCUUUGUCCUGCUUAAUAGAUUUUUUUUUCCCCCCAGAGCUUUCAGCCACAUUUUUGUCCUGAGAUCAUUUCCUCAGUAUUGGCAAGGCCAUACCUCCACUGAUGAAGACAAGACAUGGAGAUGAAGACAAAAGAUGAAACCGUUUUGAAUGAAAUUUUUAAAUUAACAAAAUUAAGAGAAUGAACUGAAAGCAAGAGGAAAAAGCAUAAAAGUCAAUAUGAGUUUUAAACAGAUACAAAAAUGCGACUACAACAAAGGUGUGGCAGGCUUCUGAGGUGAAUUGCAUAGCAGGAUUAUAGUGGCGUGCUCUCAAAGCUUCAUGCAAGCUUCAGUUUUUUUUAUUUGAUGUGUUGUUAAAAAGUGCAUUUGCUUGUUUUUGCCAAGCUUGUCAUUAUAGAUUUAAUUGUUGAAAAUUAUUUUUGUGGUUAUUUUGGUUUAUUUGAUUUAUUUCUUCAAUUAAAAAAAAAAAGACUCUUCAGCAUUUUAAACCAGAGCCAAUUAAUUUUCAUUCAUGAAAGAAUGAAGCUUUGAUCAUCAACAAGAAGAUGUUUUUUUUUUUUUAUUUAAUUUUUUGUGCAGUUUCACAUCACAUUUUGCCAUGUGCCAAACCUGAAAUAAAUUUCUUGUAAUAGAA